GAUUGUUAUUUUCAAAGUUGGAUGCAUUUGUCUCAAUAACUCACACACCGGCUGUCAAGAGACUGAACAGAUGGGCGGUGCGGAAAAUAACCCGUCUUUCUGUAUGAAUUUAACUCACUUUUACAAUUUUUGCAUAAUUCCACAGAAAGAUGAUGAAUUUGUGGUAGUAGGCUGAGGCUCGGUGCAUCAGUCUGAUUGUUCAGGGAGCUGUGUGAGGAGGAGAGCGUAGGAAACGCUCGAGUAGCCUACGUGGAGUCAGAAUUCUGAGUGCGUCAAUUGGACGAGCAGUUUUCCACGGGUUUGAAACGGGCGCACUAUUUCUUGCCAUUCUAUCUUGGAUGAAACACAUGCACGUAGUGGGCAAAGUGUUGGGAGCUUUUCGGACUUCAAGCCUAGCUCUUUGAUUUAACGUAUCAAUUGAACCAUGGAUGCUACGAUUUACCAAAUAAUCUUUGGGGAGUUUGGGGACCCAAACUGUAGUUUGAUGGAUGCCUUUCAAAACACUUUCUACGAAAACGCAUCGUUCUCUUUGAUGGAUAUUGACGGUUUGUAUUGCAAUGCCACAACUGAUGAGAUUGGAACAUGUUGGCCAAGGAGCAACACCGGACGGAUGAUGGAGAGACCCUGUCCAGAGUACAUCAACGGGGUAAAGUACAACACCACAAGGAGCACUUACAGAGAAUGCAUGGAUAAUGGAACGUGGGCUCUGAAGAGCAACUACUCCAGUUGUGAACCCAUUUUGGAGGAGAAGAGGAAAUAUCCAAUGCACUAUAAGAUUGCUCUGAUCAUCAACUACCUAGGCCACUGUAUUUCUGUGGGAGCUCUUGUCAUAGCCUUCAUUCUCUUCUUAUGCUUAAGGAGCAUAAGAUGCCUCCGAAACAUAAUCCACUGGAACUUGAUAACAACCUUCAUUUUGAGGAAUGUUAUGUGGUUCCUACUUCAGUUGAUUGAUCACAAUAUACAUGAGAGCAAUGAGCCUUGGUGUCGUCUUAUAACGACGAUAUAUAACUAUUUUGUGGUGACCAAUUUUUUCUGGAUGUUUGUUGAAGGAUGCUACCUUCACACAGCCAUUGUGAUGACUUAUUCAACGGACAAGCUAAAAAAAUGGGUCUUCUUGUUCAUUGGCUGGUGCAUUCCAUGUCCUAUAAUUGUUGCUUGGGCCAUUGGGAAGCUUUACAAAGAAAAUGAACAAUGCUGGUUUGGGAAAGAACCUGGAAAGUAUAUUGACUACAUUUAUCAAGGGCCGGUCAUUCUUGUCCUUUUGAUAAACUUCGUUUUCCUCUUCAACAUAGUAAGAAUUCUCAUGACCAAGCUGAGAGCUUCUACCACAUCAGAAACCAUACAGUACAGAAAAGCGGUAAAAGCGACAUUAGUGCUACUACCUCUCCUGGGGAUCACCUACAUGCUAUUUUUUGUGAAUCCCGGAGAGGACGACAUCUCGCAAAUAGUUUUUAUUUAUUUCAAUUCAUUUCUACAAUCAUUUCAGGGGUUCUUUGUUUCAGUAUUCUACUGCUUUCUAAAUGGCGAGGUGCGCUCAGCAGCCAGGAAAAGAUGGCAUCGUUGGCAGGACAACCAUGCCCUGAGAGUGCGUGUGGCACGUGCCAUGUCCAUCCCCACUUCACCCACCAGGAUCAGCUUCCACAGUAUAAAACAGACCACAGCUGUUUGACCUGGAUCACCAAGUUCAAAGGUCACCUUUGGAAACUUCCCUUUUCUAGGGAAGACACUUGUCUUAAGGCACCUCUCCAUAAAUGUUGUCCAUUUGCUUUAUUUAGUUUCUCCUCUGCAUAAAGACAGAGACAGUGCGCUUUGAGAAAGAGACCAUUAGGAUUUCCACAUUAUAAUACUGUAACAUUACCUACUAGGACGUCACACAGAAGUCAGGACCAUUCAAAACAGAUGGACCAGGUUGCCUCUCCAAAUGAACAUUGUGAAGUGAUUGCAGAGUCAAAGUUGUACUGACAAUGCAUUAAGAGCUGUUAUCAUACUAUAGUACACCAGGUUGUAUUCUAAUAGGUCAGGAAGGUUGACCUUUCAAGGCCCCGUGCUGAAUGCUGAUGAGGCAAAACAAAAGCAGUGUUAGUGUCAAAAGAGACCCUAAUCACUCCCAGUACUGUACUGUACUAGUGGCAUUUAUAUCCAUAACCCUUCAUUAUUUCAUAUCUACGAGAGGGCAGAGAUAAUUUAUGCAGGAAUGUGCUUAAACAGUGCGGGCACGGGAUGCAAUUGCAUUCUGUGUCUGUUGCACACCAAGUUUGAGAUGAGAUUAAAGAGAUGUAAUUAUACUGUUAAUCCCCAAGGAAAUAAGGAAGUGGUACCGUUUGGUUUGUCAUCAGCACCACUUUCACGCACUGUCAAAAUGUCACCCUAAGAGCUAUUCAUUUGUAUAAAUGUUUGCAGGCUAAUUUAUUUUCAGAUUGUUGCCCGACAACACUUUUGAACAGCAUAACGUCAAUGAUGUGUUUUUCUCACUUCAGUAUAAAACCCCCAGAGGCUACUCUAAAUAAAUCAAAGUUAUCUUUCACUGGGUUCGAAUUCAGAUUAUACCCAUUAUCUUAUGCAAAUAAUGGAGAUAGGACUGUGAUUCAGAUACAUUUAUAUAAUACUUAUUUCAAAAACUAAAUACAAACACUAUUUUAGUGUCGCAGAUCCUUAUUUAAGUCCACAUAAUGCCACAGCUGACCCAAGUCAAGAGAAAUAGGAGUAAUUUUAAGGUACAGUACAUUCAAUCCUUUUACUGUAUUAAAAGGAUUUAAUUAUUUUCUCUCUUUCAAAUCCCAAUGUGCUGCACUUAAUCAUUCGUCAAUCCUAAGCUGUUGUGUCCAGGAGCCAGACAGAGAUAGAGCCUGAUGAGUGAGAGCUCCAUUUAGCUUCCUUAAUGCUUUGCCCUGCUCAGGUCAACAUUCCAAGCCCUGGUAAUGACUGACUGACCAUCUGACCUGCAUGGGUGUUAUCCUCCUUUCCCCCCAGGUCCAUUGCAAUGUCAUACAAGUUCCAGGCACUGAGGCAAGCCUGGUUAUUCAGGCUUCAGUAAGCAGUUCUGGGAAAUAGAACAGUAGAACCCAUGCACCCAUGAAAUCAACUUGGGACUUGGAAUUGUAGAAAUUAUGUAAAUAGAUGGCAUGUUGGGGACAAACUCACUAAUCUGGUUUGGAGCUAUUUCUCUGAUUUAGUUUAAAAAGCAAACUUCUUUGGUAUCAAUUAUACAUUCUUGUUACCUGACUAGUUGCCAUGAAGUGAAUUAAAAUGGCUUGACACAUGGUCUAAAAUUGCUUGUAGGGGAAGGUAUCUUUGUCAUCAUCAUUUGAUAAUUGCUGUGAACAUUAUUGACCUGUCAUGACCGUUAGAGUUUGCAUCCUUUGAUUGCUGUAGAUCUAAUUUUCUGGAACAGUUGUCUAUGUAGCAGUUCUCUGUAACAUUUUCAUACAAAAUGUAUAUUUCAUAAUCGUGACUGAGUCCAUAUGCACAAUAACUCUCUUGAAUAAAAGUUUUCAAGCAAACAGUCCCAAGAUCUAUAUAAAUAGCCAAUGUACUACGUGAAUAAUGGUCAAUAUUGUGUUGGUUGAACAUGAUGUUGUUAUUUAUGUUUGGGAGGUGCCUCCACGUUGAAUGUUUAUAUUGGAUACGUUUUACUCACAUCUAGGGGUUCUAGUUUGAGAAGGUCUAAAAAGAAGAAUAUAUCUUCAAAGAGUGCGAUAAAACAUGUAUAACCACAAUUUUUCGUUGUACUGUACAUAAACUCUUUUAAAGUUUGUUGUAUAUUAUAAUUCAUAUUUGUACAAAUGUUAUGACGUAAAUAUGUAUUUUUUCUCUUAUAAUGUUGAGUGAAAGUAAUUCAUUAAGAACAUUCAGAGCAUUCAGCUUAAAUGAAUACCUAGGACCAUCCAAAGCAAUCACAGAAAGGUAUGACUAUUUUACUACAUCAUCUCACCAUCUCUUCUUGUGCAGCUUAAAUGGUACUUUCCAUUAUGUUUUUAGUCUAUUGAAUUCAUUACAAUUCUGCACAUACAGUACACAGUACAGUACUCCUAUGGAAGUUAUAAGGUAAGCAGUUUAAAACUUACCAAGGGAAAUCUCCCCAACAUUUUCUUUGAUUGAAACAUGAAAAUUUAGAUUUAUUUGUUGCAAUUCUUAAAUGAUUUUAUGAAUAUAUAAUGAAUAAUUUGUUCAAAAUUACAAAUUCACCAAAGAUAACAAACACGUUUACCUGCAUGUGUUUACUUGUUGUCAGUGCACUUUCUCUGACCAAAUCAUUUAUUUUUCAUAUUUUGUACAGCUUCACCAUUCUCUGAUGUAUUCUCGAUUUAAUAACUUAUUAAUGUACAUAAAUGCAUUUUGGCUUUAUGUUGAAACGCCAACGUUGCCUUUUAGAAAAACAGAAAAUUGUGUUUUUGUGGAAAGAAGAAAAACUCUGUUUCUACAGUAAAUGUUGUACUGAUGUGUGAUUGAUAUGCAUUUAUAAAAGUACAUGUGGUAAAAUCAACCUUCAGAUUUGAAAUAAAUAUUCUAUUCAA